GUGAAGGCGUCAUGUGAUAGUGUUUCCGGAAACAGGAAGUAACAGGGCUAGGACACAGGACAGCUGUCUGCACAAAACAAAAAUCAUGAACUUACACUAAAGGGCUAUUCUGUAAACAUAAUUUUAAAUGGACGUGAAAGAAAAUACAAGGUGUAAUUAAUACCGAGCUAACUGGUCGUGAAAACAUUUAAGAUAAGACCAAAAUGACAGCGAUCAAGCAUGCCCUCCAGAGGGACAUUUUCACUCCCAAUGAUGAGCGUCUUCUCAGCAUUGUCAAUGUGUGCAAAGCAGGCAAGAAAAAGAAGAACUGCUUUCUUUGCGCCACAGUCACCACAGAGCGACCGGUGCAGGUGAAAGUGGUCAAGGUGAAGAAGUCGGACAAGGGGGAUUUCUACAAGCGCCAGAUGGCAUGGGAGCUGCGGGAUCUCACCGAGGUGGAUGCCAAAGAUGCCAACAAGGAAAACCCGGAGUUUGACCUGCACUUCGAGAAGGUAUAUCGAUGGCUGGCAAGCAGCACAGCGGAGAAGAACUCCUUCAUCUCUUGCAUCUGGAAGCUCAACCAGCGCUACCUCCGCAAGAAGGUGGAGUUUGUCAAUGUCAGCGCCCAGCUUUUGGAAGAGCUUCCUAAAGCUGAAGAGUCCGUUCCGAGCAGUGAGAGCCAGAGUGUUGCGGGCGGCGACGAGGACGCCCUGGAUGACUACCAGGAGCUGAACACCCGUGAGGAGCAGGACAUUGAGGGCAUGAUGGAGGUGUGCGAGUACGCCAUCUCCAACGCAGAGGCCUUCGCUGAGAAACUCUCCAAAGAGCUGCAAGUGCUGGAUGGGGCAAACAUUCAGUCCAUCAUGGCGUCAGAGAAGCAGGUGAGCAUGCUGAUGGAUCUGCUGGACGAGGCCCUGAGGGAGGUGGACACCAUCGAGGGCAAGCUGAGCAGCUAUGAGGAGAUGCUCCAGAGCGUCAAGGAGCAGAUGGACCAGAUCUCCCAGAGCAACCGCCUCAUCCAGAUCAGCAACUCCAACAACGGCAAACUCCUGGACGAGAUCCAGUUCCUGGUGAACCAUAUGGACCUGUCCAGAGGACACAUUCGGGCCCUUCAGGAGGGUGACCUGUCCUCCCCCAAAGGCAUCGAGGCCUGCAUCAACGCGUCGGAGGCCCUGCUGCAGUGCAUGAACGUGGCUCUCAGGCCAGGUCACGAUAAGCUGGCUGCGGUCAAGCAGCAGCAGAUGCUCUUCAGUGAACUGAGAGACAAUUUCGCCCGGCGCCUCACCAACCACCUCAACAACGUGUUUGUACAUCAGUUCAACCACUUCAGUCACUUCAAAAUGACCAUCCCUCAGUUCUAUAGGUCCUCCUGUCUGUCACUCCCAGGCCACGACCAGAGCUCCACGCUCACCCAGCACACGCCGGACCUGGCACUGCCCAAACACAGCCCCCUGCACCGGGACCUGCUGCGCUACGCCAAGCUCAUGGAGUGGCUCAAGAACACCCAGAGGGAGAAGUACGACGGCCUGUCCAGGACCUAUGUUGAUUACAUGUCCAGAUUGUAUGAAAGGGAAAUCAAAGACUUCUUUGAAGGUGCCAAAAUCAAAAUGGCUGGCACUACCAAGGAGGCGAAGGGGAAGUUCGCCACGCUUCCGCGGAAAGAGAGUGCUCUCAAACAGGAGGUCGAAAGCGUGGCGAGCCUGCACGGCAGUUCGGGUAAGCUGACGGGCUCCACAUCGAGCCUGAACAAGCUGGCAGUGCAGAGCUCCAGCAGCCGCCGCUCCCAGUCCUCCUCCCUGCUGGACAUGGGCAACAUGUCCGCCUCCGACCUGGACGUAGCCGACAGGACUAAGUUCGACAAGAUCUUUGAGCAGGUCCUCAGCGAGUUGGAACCUCUGUGUCUGGCCGAGCAGGACUUCAUCAUCAAAUUCUUCAAGCUGCAACAGCAGGUUCCCCUGGCCCAGGCCGAGGUUGAUGACACCGAUGGAAGCGCUUCCUCCAGGGCCUCUGCCAAUGAGCACAGGCACUCCAUCUCAUCGGAGCGAGACAUGGUGCGCCUGAUGAUGAACAAGAUCUUCCAGAGCAUCGAGACGGAGCUGAACAGCCUCAUCGCGCUGGGCGACAAGAUGGACAGCUUCCACUCGCUCUACAUGCUGGUGAAGAUGAGCCACCACGUGUGGACGGCCGAGAACGUGGACCCGGCCUCCUACCUCAGCACCACGCUGGGCAAUGUGCUGGUCACUGUCAAGAGGAACUUCGACAAGUGCAUUCAAUUGCAGAUCAGGCAGAUGGAGGAGGUGAAGAUCUCGAAGAAGAGCAAGGUCGGCAUCCUGCCCUUCGUCACAGGCUUCGAGGAGUUCGCCGAGCUGGCCGAGACCAUUUUCCGAAACGCCGAGCGGCGAGGCGACCUGGACAAGGCCUACAGCAAGCUGAUUAGAGCGGUCUUCCUGAAUGUGGAGAAGGUGGCCAACGAGAGCCAGAAGACCCCGCGGGACGUGGUGAUGAUGGAGAACUUCCACCACAUCUUCUCCACGCUGUCGCGCCUCAAGAUCUCGUGCCUGGAGUCGGAGCGGCGCGAGGCCAAGCACAAGUACACCGAGCACCUGCAGUCCUACGUCAUCACCUCACUGGGACAACCACUGGAGAAACUCAACCACUUCUUUGAGGGGGUGGAGGGGCGUGUGGCUCAGGGGGUGCGUGAGGAGGAGGUGAGCUAUCAGCUGGCCUUCAGCAAGCAGGAGCUGCGGAAGGUCAUCAAGGAGUACCCCGGCAAAGAGGUGAAGAAGGGUCUGGACAACCUCUACAAGAAGGUGGACAAACACCUGUGUGAGGAGGAGAGCUUGCUGCAGGUGGUGUGGCACUCCAUGCAGGAUGAGUUCAUCCGGCAGUACAAGCACUUUGAAGGGCUGAUCGGCCGCUGCUACCCCGGCUCUGGAAUAACCAUGGACUUCACCAUUCAGGACAUGCUGGAGUACUUCUCUAGCAUCGCACAGUCUCACUAAAUCUCACUAAGUCUCUUUCUCUCUCUCACACACAGAAACAUACACAGUUUCUUCUCUCUCUCUCUCUCUCUCUCUCUCUCUCUCUCUCUCUGUCUUCAUGUAUUGCAUAACACAUACAGAACACGCUCAAUGCAAACACAGAAUGGUGUGACCUUGAACCUCCUGUAAAGAAAUGGAAGGAUACAGGUUGAUAUGAGUUAGACUGUAAGUACUCUACUACAUCUGCCUUGUAUAUACUUCAGUGUCUAAUGAGUUUCCUGCUUUAGAACCCAUUGUGUAAAUUACUGAAAUGUUGUUGAUGACCGUUUAAUUUUUGUUUUGAGUUAACAUUGAUUGAACCCAAAAUCUCUUGCAAACUGACUGAAAAUGAGUGUGUGCUUAUGUGUGUGUGUGUGUGUUACAUUGGAACACUAGAUUUGUUCUUUCAUCACUGCAGGAAAAAUGCUUCAGCGUUCAUUUUUUGUCACAAACUCUUCAGUUGAUCGUAUGGUUACUGAUAUUAUUGUAUCUUGGUGUGCCUGCACUGUAAAUCAGGAAAUGGACUUCACCUGCAAAUCUCUCUAAAGUGACUGAUUAAAUAUUGCUUAUUCUGGUUACAUCUUUUGCUUAGUUUUGUUAUAUGACCCUAUGUGCUAUUGCUAAACAAAAUAAUGCCAAAUGUCAAAUAAAUAAUGUCAUAUUUGUCUGUAA